CUCCCUGCGCACCGGGCUCCCGGUCCCCGGCCCGGAGGCUGCGGCUUCUGCUCGGGAGGCGGCGGCAGCGGCGGGAGCGGCCAUGGAGGCAGGCGGCGGGGCCGGCGCGGGAGCCGCGGGCUGGAGCUGCCCUGGCCCAGGACCCACAGUAACCACUUUAGGCUCUUAUGAGGUAUCUGAGGGUUGUGAGAGGAAGAAAGGCCAGCGCUGGGGGUCCCUGGAGCGCCGUGGGAUGCAAGCUAUGGACGGGGAGGUGUUACUUCCAGCUCUAUAUGAGGAAGAGGAGGAAGAGGAAGAAGAGGAAGAGGUGGAAGAAGAUCAAGUACAGAAAGGAGGCAGUUUGGGCUCCCUAUCAAUGGGCAAGCAUCGGGGCCUGAGCCUGACGGAGACAGAGCUGGAGGAGCUGAGGGCUCAGGUGCUGCAGCUGGUGGCAGAGCUGGAGGAGACUCGAGAGCUCGCUGGGCAGCAUGAGGAUGACUCCCUGGAGCUUCAGGGGCUCCUGGAAGAUGAACGGCUGGCCAGUGCCCAGCAAGCAGAAGUAUUCACCAAGCAGAUUCAGCAGCUCCAAGGUGAGCUGCAACAUCUACGGGAGGAGAUUUCCCUGUUAGAGCAUGAGAAAGAAAGUGAACUUAAAGAAAUAGAACAGGAGUUGCAUUUGGCCCAAGCAGAGAUCCAGAAUCUACGGCAAGCUGCAGCAGAUUCUGCAACUGAACAUGAGAGUGACAUAGCAUCCUUGCAGGAUGAUCUCUGCCGGUUGCAGAAUGAACUCGAUGACAUGGAACGCAUUCGAGGGGAUUAUGAGAUGGAAAUUGCCUCGCUCCGUGCAGAAAUGGAAUUAAAGACUUCUGAACCAUCUAAUUUAAGUAUCUCAGACUUCUCUGGGAUGCAAGAGGAGCUGCACCAACUUCGGGAGCGCUACCACUUUCUGAACGAGGAGUACCAGGCCUUGCGGGAGAGCAACAGCAGCCUCACAGGGCAGCUUGCUGAGCUGGAGAGUGAUAGGACACGAAGAGCAACAGAACGAUGGUUGGAAUCUCACAUGCUAAGGAGUAUGAUAUCCUCAGAGUCUCAGACUUCAGAACUGGAUUUCCCAGAGCCUGACCCUGUGAUGCAGGUUUUGCGCCAGAAGCUGCUGGGAGCUGAGGAACAGAUGCAGAACAUGGAGGACAAGUGUAAGAACCUGUAUUGUGAAUUAGAAGAGCUACAGCAUCACCGCAGAGCCAGUGAGGAGGAGCAGAAGCGGCUGCAGAGAGAGCUCAAGUGUGCCCAGAGUGAGGUGCUCCGGUUCCAGACCUCCCACAGCACCCAGAAUGAGGAACUGAAGAGCAGGCUCUGUGCCCUGCAGCAAAAGUAUGAUGCUAGCCAGGAUGAACACAGUGAGCUUCUGAAGGUGCAGAUGCAGCUCGAGACUGAGCUCCAGCAGCUCAGACUCCUCAGAUGCACACCUGUAGAGAGCCAGAGUGAAAAGGAGUUAAUGUGCCGGCUCCAGAAGCUGCAGGCUCAGCACCAGUGCAGUGUGAAUGAAAAGGAGCAGCUUCUAGAAGUCCAGCAUCACCUGCACGACAAGCUGCGCUGCCAUGAAUCAGAGGUGCAUCGUCUCCGAGACAUGGUGGACUGCUUGCGAGAGAAAAAUGAGAAGAAUUCAGGGAUACACAUCCAGCUUCAGGAGAUGAAGGGAUUGUAUCAGUUCAGCAGGGAUGAGCUGGAGCGUCACAAGCACAUGUAUGACCAGUUGGAGCAGGACUUCCUGCUCUGCCAGCAGGAGCUGACAGAGCUCAAGUCCAACCAGUCCAUUUGUGAAGAUAACGGAAACUGCUCGAACAAGUGUGAUGCACUGCUGGCCAGACUGACAGAAUUGCAGGACAAGUUCAAAGCCAGCCAGCAGGAGAUUGCGCACCUGCAGAUGGAACAGUGUGAGCUCCUGGAGGAUCAGAGGAGGCUGCAGGAGGAGCAGGGCCAGCUGCAGGAAGAGCUCCAUAGGCUCACGUUCCCACAGCCCAAAUGUGGUCUCUUACAGAAGAGUCAGGAGCUGCUUUCAAAGUUGCAAGACCUGUGUGAAAUGCAGGUGCUCUACCAAAACAUGCAGGACCAACAGAGAAAACUGAUACAAAACCAAGAGUGUCUAUUAAAGGAACAAUUAGAGGCACACAAACAUCUUCGAAAUUUCAAAGAGUCUAAUUUCCAGGAAGUGUUGGUGAGCCCUCAAGAUGUGAAAGGGCCUAAGUCUUCCAGUUGUGAGAAUAAGGUAAGCACUCACAUCUGCCCUAGAAGAGGGGCAGCUAAAAGGACUGAAAUAUCUCACAGUAAUGGUGAUGUCUCCUGCACCCCCUGCCUCUCCCCCCCCUCCCAGUUCAAAGUGCUUAUGGACCAGCUGCAGGCUCUACAGGAGCUAUAUGACAGCAGUCAGAAACAGCAGGAGGUGCUGCAGCAGGAACAUGGGCGGCUCAUGGAGGAGCGGAGGAGGCUGCAGGCUGAGCUACAGCUCUGCAUGGAAGAAAUGCAGCUGCUCCAAACCCAGUCCCCCAUCAUAAAACAGAGUCUUGAGUACUGCAGGAGGAAGUCAGGCAGCAGGGCCCCCAGCACUGAGAGCUUCCACAGGAGUUAUGACAGUACCAUUGAGGAAAAUGAAGGCUAUCAGAAGAGUUACUUGAGCUCUCAGCCCAGCAAUGAAACCUUCCUCAAGAGCUAUGAGAGCACCACCAGUUCCAACGAGGCCUUUCAGAAGAGUUACUGCUCCAGCAGCACAAGUGUGUCCUAUAAGAAGAGUUACGGCACUGCCAGUAGUUCUGAAACACUUCACAAGAGUUAUGCCAGCAGCAGUACUGAUGAGGACCCGGCUGAGCCUGAAGACUUGGAGCACUUUGAGGAAACAGUGGCCAAGGUGCUGACCAAGUUGCAGGCAGUGAAGGCCCUGUACCAAGUGAGCCAGGAAGACCAUUGCCAGCUGCAGGAGCGGAUGACCAGGCUUCUGGAGAAGCAGAAAGAACUGAAGGAGGAGCUGGAAUGCUGUGAGAAGGAGUUGAAGGAAUGCAUGGAAAACUCUGAGAAGCCUGCAACUCCCCAGAAUGACAAGUGUGAGAUCAAAGAACUGCAAACUAAGCUGCGGGAGCUGCAGCUGCAGUACCAGGCUAGCAUGGAUGAGCAGGGGCGGCUUCUGGCAGUGCAGGAGCAGCUGGAGGGGCAGCUGCAGUGCUGCCAAGAAGAACUCCGUCAACUCAAAGAAAACAGGUCUUCUAUUAGCUCAGAAGCCAGGGGCAAGUAUGUCAAUAAGAAUAUGAACAAGAAUGCCAAUGGAGUUAGAAAUACGAAGUUGAGCAUGACAUGCUCAGAGGAUUCAUUUGAGAAUGAAACGAAUCUGGAUGUGGUGCUAUACUACAAGGCCAGCCAGAGGACAUUAGAUGAGCUAACGAAAGAAGAAAAAGAGAUGGAAGAGGCAAGAAAGAAAGAAAAAGUAAAGCAAGCCAGGAAAGAAUUGUGCAAACUAGCUGCUAAGCCAGCAGAUCCUAGUGCAGAGCCCGAGUCAGCAGAAGAUGAAGAUGGAAACUUUGAAGAGUACAGAGAAGGGGAGGAUGAAUCUUGUGAGACUGCUGAGGAAGGCAACCCUCUUAAGCUUUCUGAGAGCAAAAAGAACCUGUUUGGGAUGUGGAAGCCUAUGGUAUUCUUGGCUAUUGCAGCAGUAGCUCUGUAUGUGUUACCCAAUAUGCGACCACAGGAACCAGAAUUCUACAUGAAGUGAUGGCAGACCUGGACCAGCCCAGAGGGCAGAUCCCCAAAGGCUACCACCCUCACCUUUGGGCAGAAUACAUACACUGUGCCAGAGACCCCACCCCACCUAUGUUUCUCCAUCUCCUUGCCUCAGCCACUCAGACUGGAAAGGCUUAUGGGAGUUGCUGGCUCUCAACCUCCUGCCUUGUGUUAAGAACCUGGGUUCCUUGUAAUUAAAUAUCAGCCUAAUUACACGAAA